GAGCCGGCGCAGGGGAGGACGGACAGACGGAGGGACACCGUGACUGCAGCCACCCAGGGACACCUGUGAGUUGGGUGCCAGCUGAGGAACACUCUGUCCCCUCUGUGCCCGGCCAUGUCGCUGGCGGUGAAGGAGAAGAACCACGUGCGGUUGGUCUUCUUGGGCGCCGCCGGCGUGGGCAAGACAGCCCUCAUCCACCGCUUCCUGAUGGACACCUUCGAGCCCAAGCACCGGCGCACGGUGGAGGAGCUGCACAGCAAGGAGUACGAGGUGAGCGGGGCCACAGUCAAGGUGGAAAUCCUGGACACGAGUGGCAGCUAUUCCUUCCCGGCCAUGAGGAAGCUCUCGAUCCAGAACAGCGAUGCCUUCGCCCUGGUCUAUGCUGUAGAUGACGCCGAGUCCUUUGAAAGCGUCAAGAGCUUGCGGGAGGAGAUCCUGGAGGUGAAGGAGGACAAGUUCCCUCCCAUCGUGGUGGUCGGCAACAAGGCGGAGAUCGGUGGUGAGCGGCAGGUGCCGGCGGAGGAUGCCCUGUCGCUGGUGGAGCUGGACUGGAACAGCCGCUUCGUGGAGACGUCGGCCAAGGACAACGAGAACGUCCUGGAGGUCUUCAGGGAGCUGCUGCAGCAAGCCAAACUGCCCCGCCGAACUCCCCUGAACCUGGCCAUGCAGGACUUGAGCGGAGAUGGUACAUUCAGCACCAACACGGCGACGCAGGCAGCACACCCGCCACUGGCACGACGCGUCCACGCUACCAGGCAUUUAGCAGCAGUUCACACGCACCGGCAGGAGCGGAGCCCGCAGGUCACCACGGCAAGCUCUGAUCUGGUGUCACAGGCUGCCAGCGACGGAGCUCGAGAGGAGCCGGCAGCCUCGCGACAGUCCCGGGGCCAGCGACUCACCCACGGCAUUACUAAAGACAGGAGUAAACGAGAAAAACGGAAUUCUACCAACAACAGCAGAACCGACUGCUUUUCGCGCAGCGCUCUCUCGGACGCGGUCUGCGGCACGAGCUCGGGAGCAAGCCACGGCCACCAAGGAGAUGCUCGAAGUCUGCGACUACACUCGCAGCAGCCAUCUGCCCGGCUGUACCACAUCUCACUAAUAUUGAAAGAGUUCAACUUCUUCCGUGAAAUACCUUCACAUAUUUAA